GGAUUAACAGUUUCAACUAUUUUUACUAUAUUUUUUACGUCUAAAUAAUAUAAAUCAAAAUAUUUUCUUUUUUUCUCAUCAGAAGAUUAUUGAAAUAAUAAAGAUCGGUUGAACAAAACAAAAGUUAUAGAACAACGUUAAAAAAUGUGUCAUAUUUUUACACGAUGAUGAGAUAUAAAAUAUUUAUGUAUUUACGAAAUGGUAGUGUGCUGAAUAUGCAUGUGUAGGCACUACUUACACAGAUAAAAAUUACAACAAAUCAAUUGUCAUAUUAAAAAAAAAAAAUCGUCAAUACAAUCAAGUUUUUAAUUAAAAAGGAACUAACAACCAAUUUUGUAAAUAUAAAAUUUAUUUUUGUUACUGAAAAUUGUUAACAUUCAACAAAGUUUGUAAUAUAGAACAAAUAAUUUGUUUACAGAUAACAAUAAUAUUUAAUAAUGGAUUUAUCAUAUUGAUAAACUGUUGUUGCUUAAACGCUUAUAACUCUCAAAUGGAGCUACCUUAAAAAUUUGUAGUCUUAUACUUUCAAAUAUUAGACCGAUGACUAUGACUAAAGCUGAAUCUGAUGCAGACUCAAGUAAAAUUAUCGAGGUGGACAAUGAUUGGUGGAAACAUGCGGUAUUUUAUCAAAUUUAUCCACGUUCAUUUAAGGACAGUGAUGAUGAUGGUAUAGGGGAUCUACAAGGCGUAAUCCAGAAAUUACCGUACCUUGCUGAAACUGGUAUUACGGCUACAUGGUUAAGUCCCAUCUUUCAAUCACCCAUGGUCGAUUUUGGCUAUGAUAUUUCUAAUUUUAAGGACAUACACAACGAAUACGGAACCAUGGAGGACUUCGAAGAACUUAUAUUAAAAGCGAAUAAUUUGGAUAUUAAAAUUAUUUUGGACUUUGUACCCAAUCAUUCUUCCGAUCAGAGUGAAUGGUUUAUAAAAUCAGCAGCUAGAGAAGAAGGUUAUGAAGAUUUCUAUGUUUGGUCAGAUGGUAAGAUAAACGAUGAUGGAGAACACGAGCCACCAAAUAAUUGGCAAUCAGUAUUCUAUGGUUCAGCUUGGACUUGGCAUACCGAAAGAAAGCAAUACUAUUAUCAUCAAUUUACUAAAGAACAACCAGAUUUAAACUACCGUAAUCCUAAGGUGGUAAAAGCUAUGGAUGAGGUUAUACUAUUUUGGCUUGAUAAAGGAGUUAGUGGUUUUCGUGUAGAUGCUGUGAAUCAUUUAUUUGAACACCCCGACUUGGUAGAUGAACCUAUAAGUGGCAAAACAGAAGAUCCAAAUUCAUAUGAAUAUACUCAACACAUCCACACCAAAGAUUUGCCCGAAGUAUAUGAUAUGUUAUAUCACUGGCGUGCUUUAUUGGAUGAUUACUCUCAAACUCAUGGUGGCCCCGCUCGCAUUAUGAUGACUGAGGCCUAUGCGGAAUUGAAAUUUUUAAUGGACUAUUAUGAGAAUAGAGAAGGUGCCAAAGGACCUCAAUUUCCCUUUAACUUUUUGUUGCUAACAGAUCUUAAUGAUAAAUCAGAUGCCAGAGAUUUUGUAUUUAACAUACAGAAAUGGUUGACAUAUAUGCCGAAAAAUCAUACAGCCAAUUGGGUUAUGGGUAACCAUGAUAAUCCACGCAUAGCUUCCAGAUUUAGUAAAAAUAUUGUUGACGCCAUUAAUAUGCUGAUUAUGACACUACCAGGUGUGGCGGUUACAUAUAAUGGGGAGGAAAUUGGCAUGGAAGAUUUUCGUGAUAUUAGUUGGUUGGAUACCGUCGAUCCGCCGGCACGUAACGCUGGACCAGAUAAUUAUAAACUGGUCUCACGUGAUCCAGAACGUACACCUUUCCAAUGGAGUGCAGAUAAAAAUGCCGGCUUUUCAAAUGCCGACAAAACUUGGUUGCCGGUUAACCCAAAUUAUGAAGAACUAAAUUUGGAAUUACAAAAAGCCGCAGAAAAGAGUCAUUAUAAGAUUUAUAAGGAUUUGGUGCAAAUGCGGAAAUUGGAGGUAUUACAACAUGGACGUACACGUUUGGAGGUUAUAAAUCGUAAUGUUUUUGCAGUAAUAAGAUUUUUAAAAGGCCAUACAUCUAUUAUAACUAUUAUGAAUGUGGGAUCUGAGGAAGAGGUUGUUAAUUUGGACGAUGUACUAGAUGACAUUAAACAAUUGACAGUGCUAAUAUCAGGAGUAAAUUCUAUUUAUGAUAAAGGGAUUGUUAUGGCUGCGAAAGAAGUUACAAAUUUUAUUAUGGCACCCCAGGAAGCUGUUGUUUGCAUGAUUGAAUGAACGAAACAAUCGACUAAAAAAGUAAUUCCCGACUCAUACGAUUAAACCGCACAAAUAUUUGUUCCCUUGCUAAGUAUAAAAUAUGUAUUAAAUAUUUUUAAUACUAAAAUAAUUGUUGUUAAAAUAAACCCAAUAUAUAUAAGUAAUAUCGAACAAAUACGAACAAAAUAAAUACGUUUAGUUGUGUAUGGAA